CUCCCAUAUGAAAUCACGGAAGUGAGCAUUCCCACAUGUAAGGAGUAGCUGGGUCUUUUUCUGGGGAACAACAUGUCUAUGGCUGAAUUUGAAAAGGCUGCGGAUGAGGUGAGGAGGCUGACCGUACAACCUAGCUACGCUGAACUAGCAGUGGUAUAUGGUUUGUACAAGCAGGCGACAAUUGGCAACGUCAACACGGAGCGUCCGGGAAUAUUUGACUUCCAAGGAAAAUCUAAAUGGGAUGUUUGGAAAGCACAGGAAGGAAAGUCCAAAGAAGAUGCCAUAAAAGAAUAUAUUGCCUUUGUGGAAGAAAUGAAAGCAAAGUAUCCAAUGUAGAGGUUAUCUUUAGGACAUUAGUGCACAUAUUUUUCUAAGAACCAUUUUAUAAUAAAGCAAUAAGGCACGAGGGGGUGUGGUAUAUGGCCAAUAUACCACGGUUAAGGGCUGUAUCAAGGCACUCUGCUCUGCAUCGUGCGUGCCUAAGAACAGCCCUUAGUAUAUUGGCCAUCUACCACAAAUCCCAGAGGUGCCUUAUUGCUAUUAUAAACUGGUUACCAACGUCAUUAGAACAGUAAAAAUAAAUGUUUUGUCAUACCCGUGGUAUAAGGUCUGAUAUACCAUGGCUGUCAGCCAAAUCCGCAUUCAGGGCUUGAACCAUCCAGUUUAUAAUAAAGCAAGAAGAAAAGGGACCAAAUCUGACAUUUUACAUGGGUGAAGUGUUGAGACAACCAAGAUGACAGUUUGUUAGACAACUCACCAGCAAUUUGUUAUCCUCUUGAAAAAGUGCAGCCUUUUGAUCUGGGUAUUUAUUUCAGAAAAUGUCAAAUUGUGAGAAAAUACAGUACAUUGACGCAAAAGAACAGUAAAUUAUGUUUCUUAAAAGAUCUGUCUUUGAAGUAUAAUAAAAAGUGAGAAUUUUCAA